UCUCCUGAGGAAGCGGAAGGGAUGGCAUCUAGUCAUGACAUGUCUGUGCCGAGUUCCGGAGCAUUUACGCGUUUCUUCUGCAAUGUAUGGAUUCUGGCAAAAUCACUUCGCUUGUAUGGAGGAGUUUUCCAUGUAUUAUUUUAAUGGCAGCAUCACAAAAUCGGCGUCGGGGUCUCACAUUCGGUAGAUGGCAGGGAAAAAGCGGUCAGUGAUAGAUUGGGUCGAGGAGGCAAUCGUGUUGGGUCUGUUACUUGCGACUUCUCACUGUAUCAGCGGUGCGGUUUUGAUUGAGAUUGCAACUGUACCUGCAGUCCCUCGGGUCGCGGAGGAUGAUCGGCGAGUCAGCUUUCCACACAAAGGGGAAGGGAUUGUCGAGCUGCAACCCUCCGUUGAGGGUUUCCUUGGAAGCAGCGAAAUCCCUCACGAGUGUAAAGGAGGUUUCGAGAUGCACCAGAAAUGGCAGCUUGACCAAAUUAUCUUGAAUCUAACUAUACGUGUUUCUCCAUGCUGUCGUUGCGCGUCUGGGCAGAGCCUCGGUUCGGAAUUGGUAUCUUAUCAUCGAUAGGCUCGAAGCCCCACAGGCACCCUUAUUAGAGUACCUGAGGAUGUGGUUUUGGUUCCGGGUGCCAUAACAUAUCCU